CACACAGUAGAGCUCACAUUCUCCUAAGUGGUGAGUCAGGCCUGCAUGUUGGGUGUUGUUGGAGGUUUCCUGACCUCUUAGUGUGGACAGAAGCAGGAGGAUGGACACGGUGAACAGCUGAACAAAGUGUAACAGAGAUCCUGAGCAGUCAUGAGUAUCAGACAUGUUACCAGGAGACCAUUUACCUGUGGACGAGAUGGAGGAACAGAGCAACCUGACUAAAGGUAGUGCGUCUUUAAAAUCAGCACGGGAAAUCCUUUCAGCACUUGACCCUGUUAGCAGAGGAAAUACCAUCCCCACUGACCUCAUCAGCACCCAGCCUCCGCCUGCUGCAGCCCCACCAGCGGAGACCCUGCAGGAGGCAGCAGGAUUUAAGAAGCCUCAGUGUGACCUCCAGAAGCCCACCUGCCCGCGAUGUGGCCUCACAGUCUCAGAUCACAGACUCCCCCCUCUCUCACCGGGCCUGAGCCGACUGCAGGGCUCCAGCUUGUCUGUGCACAGCAGCAGCAGCAGCAGCAGGAAGAGCAGGACCAGAAGCAGGACCAGGAGCAGGGGCAGUGUGGCUGGUUCACACCAACAUACUGCCACACCUGCUGACUCCUGUUUACAGCUGUUGCUGGCGUGCCUGUCGUGCCAGGGCUCCGUGCUGCUCCUGGGUCUGUUGGAGGCCUGUUCCUCUUGCCUCCACACCCUCUGCUCCUCCUGCUGCCAUGCGUGCAGCCGCUGCUGUUCGGCCAUCCAGGACGCGCCUGUGGAGGAGCUCAACUGCCAUGCCCACUGCCACUCGGUGCUGUUUGAGUCUUGUUGUGAGCCAGCUGAGUGUCUUGAGUUUUGUCUGGAGUGCUGCGAGAUCUGCCAUCGUAGCUAGGAGGCAGCCGGACCACUACGCCUGAGGACUAAAAAGGCAUGUGACAAGACUAAAAAAAAACAGACAUUAAAACCACGGAGGGAUUCAUUAGCACUACAAUGACAUUUCUUGUGACUUAUUGACCUUGUUGUGACCCUCAGAGUUGUGAACAGCACAAACAGACCGUUUGCUAAGCUGAGCUAUACAAAGAAAAUCUUGGGAAAUACACUUAUUGGCUUUUUUGCCCGAGAAGGCCAAUUCCACUCGUUUCUGUCUGAUAAAUGUGAAGCUACUGCAAAGAGACAAUUAACUUUUCUUAGCACAAAGGCUGUCCAAUGGCUGGCUUUGUCCAAAAGUAGAAAAUCUACCUACCAGCACCUCUAAAGCUGCUAAUUAAACAUUAUAGCUAGUUGUUUAAUUAGACCAAGAACCAAAAAGUUGUGGUUUCAAUGAGGGUUAUUUGUUGGACUUUUUCUUGGCGUGGAGCAUUGUUUUCCUGGAGUCUUAUCAUAACUAUGAGGUUACCAGGCCAGCUGUUUCCAGUCUUCAUGCUAAGCAAAGCUAACUGCCUUGUGGCUCCAACUCUGUAACGCACAGUUAUGAUAGCAUUGUCAGUCUUCAUGUCUAACUCUCUGCAAUAAAGUAAAUUCAUGUAUUUCCCAAAUUA